AUGGCGGACCCGCGCGUGACGUACGUCGCGAGCCUCAUCGCCGACGUGGCCGGCACGGACCCCGCGCAGCGAGAGUCCGUGUUGAAUGCCAUCACGCAAGAUGGCGCCCAGCUCGCGCCCAUCGUGGCUCUCGUGGAUAAGCCCGACGCCCGGGGCGUGUACGCGCUGGUGGACGGAUCCGGGCGCGUGAGCAUCUCUCCGACCCCGUUCAAGGACGCGGGCAAGACGGCCUACCAGGUGGCCAUCGCCAAGUCCGUCGCGGCGCCCCUGGAGCUCCGCGACGUGGCCACGCUCAUCUCCAUCUCCGUCAUCGGAUCCAACCCGAUGGCUGCGCUCUACGCGUCGCUCGUGAACGUGUACGGCCCCGUCGUCGACGCGAUCGGCGGCGACCGCGGCGCCGCGAAGCUUCUCGCGGAGUUCCGCGACACCGUCGGGCACGCCCUCAAGUCGGGCCCCCCCGAGGGCACCGUCGACCCGAACGCCACGCCCGUCACCGUCGUCGCCACCGUCGCCGAGGAGCUCGAGCGCUGGGCUGCCCUCGCCGCGCGCCACCCGGGCGCCGCCGACGUCCAGGCGCUCCUCCUGCCGCUCAAGCAGCGCCUGCAGGAGUGCACCACGCCGCCGGACGCCGCGCCGCCGUCCGAAGAGCAGCUCCUGGAGCUCGUGGACGCGGCGAACUCGUGUUUGGAGGCGGCGUGGAAGGCCAACGUGGGCCCGUACCCCGCGUACGACCAGGCGCACAUGGCGCACAUGCUGCACGUGCUCGGGUCGUUCCUGCAGUCGUGUCUGCGGCGGGUCGUCGAGAGCGUGGACACGUGGACCGGGCCGUUCGACGCCGUCCACCCGACGCUGCAGGGGGUGUUCAACGUCGCGGCGCAGGCGCAGCGGAUGUGCUACGAGCUCGAGAGCGCCGUGUUCAAUCCCUCGUACGAUUCUGCGGGGGAGGCGCGCUGGUUGCAGAGCGACGCCGCCGCGCUCGCGCGCAUCGACCUGUACACGCAUCUCAAGGACCGGUGCUACGAGAUCGUGCGCCUCCGCGAGACCGUCCAGGAGAUGACGAUGCUCGUCGGCGUCGACGUGCCGCCGGGCGAGGUCCUCGCGCCGUUCGCGCCGCUCGACCCGCUCUCCGUCGGCCCGCACGCGUCGCACCUGUGGACGGCGGCGCGGCACGAGUUCGAGACCCGCCUGCAGCCGUUCGAGGCCCGCGCGUCGCAGAAGAUCCGCGAGCUGCUCACGUCGACCUACACGCCCGCGCUGUCCGGGGCGGAGGCCUCCGGGAUGCGGCCCCAGGACGUGCUGCGCGAGAUUCACGGCCUGAAGCAUCUGCUGUCGCGCCCGGGCGUCGGCGGGGGCCUCGCGGACGAGGUGGACGCGCUCGCCGAGGGCAUCAUGCGGUACCUGGACUUCCUGCGGCGCGAGGCGGACGAGCGCGAGAGCGCGGCGGGGCAGGGCGCCACGCCCUCGCAGGGCGGGCUGAACACGACGUCGACCGUCGACGCGCUGUGCUGGGCGGCGCAGGCGCAGCUCAAGGUCACGCAGGUCGACCAGGCCGCGCGCGCGCUCGUGGUGCAGGGCGCGCCGCCGUCGCCGGCCGUGCAGUCCCUCCUGGGCGCCGCGCGGAAGGCCGAGGAUCGCGUCAAGCUGCUGAGCCGCACGGCCGUGAGCGACUGGGCGGACCAGACGAAGGAGAUCCUGAGCGACAUCCGGCACGAGCGGUCCGCGCAGCUGCUGCAGAUGUCGUCCAAGGACGGCUCCUUCCGCCCCGGGUUCAACGACCACCUGUUCCGGCUGCUGCGGGAGGUGCGGCAGCUGCAGAGCCUGGGGUACCGCGUGCCGCGGGAGAUCGCGGUCGAGAUGGACCGCGCGCGGGAGUUUUACAAGACGGGGAUGACGUUGAAGCAGAUCGCCAACUGCUACAACAACCUGGCGUCGCAGAUCCUGCCGUGCAUCAAGCCGAUGCUGCUGCGCGCCGCGGAGGAGCUCGAGCAGCUCAUGAAGAGCCCCACGGACCUCAGCGGCGCGAAGAUCACGUGGGACAGCCACGUGGCGCUGGCGAACUACCUCGACUCGCUGCAGCGCGCCCAGGAGCGCUUCUCGGAGAAGCAGCGCCGGCUCAUGCACUACCACCGCGAGCUCCGCGACCUGGUCGUCACACUCUCCGGCGCCGACCUCGGCGCGAGCAAGGACCGCUGGAAGGAGGGCAUCCGCGACAUGCGCCGCAUCUUCGAGCGCCUCGAGGGGGAGUUCGACGCCGGGGCGCAGCGCGCGUGGCGGCGGCACUGGGACAUGCAGCUCAAGAAGGUCGUCGCGCUGCAGUACGCGUCGGGCCUCGACCGCCUCCACGAGUCGCUCCCGCGCGAGGAGGUGACGCUGGAGUUCCGGCAGGGGCGGCUGCAGCUGACGCCGUCGCUCGAGGAGGUGCGGCAGCGGCACUACAAGCACCUGCAGGACUUCAUCGCGCUCCCGCUGAAGCUCAAGGGCGUGUCGGACCUCUCGGCGACCGACGGGUUCUUUGCCGACGUGGUGCGCGGGCAUGCCGAGGGCAUCAGCGACGCGUACCGCGCGAGCGAGGCCGCGCUGGACGAGCUCGCCGCGGAGGCCGAGAAGCGGCGCGACUGGCUCGCGCUCGGGUCCGUCGGCAGCGUGGACGAGUUCGUCGACCUGCACAUCCAGUCGGCCGACACCGACCAGCAGUCCUUCUCCCGGUUCUUCCUGAGCAACGCCGCGGCGCUCAAGGAGGCGUCGAAGCAGGCCGAGGACGAGCGCUUCCUCCCCUCGGAGGUCGUGCACGGGUGCUUCACGCUCUCGCUCGCGCCGGUGAAGCAGGAGUUCAGCAACCAGGUGCGCCGGCUGCAGGACUCCAUGAACGGGGCGCUGACGCGGACGGCGCGGGCGGAGCGCGCGGAGAUCGAGGAGUACCUCGCGCAGGUCCGCGAGCUCGUGGACUCGAAGGCGGCCAACAUGGAGGAGAUCGGCUCGCACAAGCACAAGGCCGAGGAACUGAUGCACGCGAUGACGCGCGUGCGGGAGCUGAAGAUCAAGAUCGACGAGAAGAACAAGCUCCUGCGGCAGAUGAUCGCGGCGAACGCGCUGCCCACGCGCGGCGGCGCGGACGUGGGGCUGGUCGACAUCUCCGACCUGCAGGGGGAGAUCGACACGAACUUCGACAAGCUGCAGCAGUUCGACCUGCACAUCGGGGAGCAGCAGAAGGGUCUGCAGGCGCAGGCGCUGAAGCGCAAGGACGGCCUCCUGGGCAAGAUCGAGGGCGCGUGGGCCGAGUGGGACCUCCGGCGCCCGGGCAACGUGCAGGGGCGCGACCCCGCGAUGAUCUUCGCGCAGAUGGACCAGCAGCUGAAGAUGCUCGAGGAGCUGGAGACGCACGCGGCGGAGGUGGCCAAGGACUGCGAGAACUGCGGCGUGGGCGCGGCGGACAUGCCAGACCUGGAGCGGCUGGAGGCGCUGCGCGCGGAGAUGGAGGAGGAGCGCGGGGCGUGGCAGCGGUACAAGGACUUCAUCGAGGAGCGCGACUCGCUGUUCGACGCGUCGUGGCUGUCGGUGCGCGAGCAGGCGCGCAACAAGCUGGAGGACUUCCAGCUGAAGUGGCGCGGGUACCUCAAGGAGCAGAAGCAGAAGGGGCCGGUCGACCGCGCCAUCAUGGAGCAGCUGGAGAAGUACUCGCUGAUCGACCCGCACCUGCGGUACAUCCAGGGCGUGUCGUGGGACGACUCGCACUGGUCGCGCCUGUUUGGCAUGAUCGGCCUGAAGAAGAUCGACGCGACGAAGGUCACGCUCCUGCACUUCCUCGACCGCGCCGACGCGCUCGCGCAGAACGCCGAGGCCAUCAAGGCCAUGGACGCGCGCGCGCAGGCCGAGGCGGGCCUGCGCAAGGCCGUGCAGGAGCUCAAGGACUGGGGCUUCGACCGGACGUUCACGCUGGCGGAGCACACGUCCACGGGCGGCGGGCAGGACGGGCGCGGGCGCGCGAUGAUGCUCAUCCGCGAGUGGAAGGACCUGCUGUCCGAGGCCGCCGACCUGCAGGCGCUGGUGGGGUCACUGAAGCAGUCGCCCUACUUCCAGGACUCGGGCAUCCGCGACGACACGCUGUCGUGGGAGGCGCGGCUGUCGACGCUGGUGGGCGCGCUGGGCACGCUCAACGGCAUCCAGCGGCGGUGGGUGUACUUGGAGCCCAUCUUCAGCCGCGGCGCGCUGCCGCACGAGCAGCCGCGGUUCGCGCGCGUGGACCGCGACUUCGUGAGCCUGAUGAACCAGAUCCAGCGCGACCCGCACGUCAAGGCCUUCGCGGACCGCCCGGGCCUGGAGGCCCAGCUCAAGACCAUGGCCGACCAGCUGGAGCACUGCCAGAAGAGCCUGAUGGAGUUCCUCGAGGACCGGCGCGCGGUGUUCCCGCGGUUCUACUUCAUCGGCGACGACGACCUGCUCGAGAUCCUCUCGCAGUGCAAGGACCCGAACGUCAUCCAGGCGCACCUCAAGAAGCUCUUCGCGGGGAUCUACCGCGUGGUGCUCAAGGCGAGCGGGCCGCGGGAGCACACCAUCACGCACAUGUGCUCCGCGGACGGCGAGGAGGUGGCGCUGUCGCCGCCCGUCCGCGUGACGGACUCGGUCGAGGAGUGGCUCAGCGACCUGUCGGCGAGCAUGAAGGGCACGCUGCGGGAGCGCCUCGUGGCGUGCACGCUCCAGGGCGGCGCGCUGCGGCCGGAGCUCACGCCCGAGGACUUCCAGCACAUGCCGUCGCAGGUGCUGUGCGUCUCGGACGCGGUGCGCUUCACCAGCCGCGCCGAGGAGGCCAUCCGGUCCAACGGGCUGCUCACGCUGCGGCAGGAGCUCGACGGCGAGCUGCAGGGCCUCACGGACGCGUCGUACGAGGGGCACCACGUCAUGCAGCUCAAGGUCAAGGCCAUGAUCCUCGACAUCAUCCACUACAAGGACGUCGUCGAGUCGCUCAUCCGGGAGCGCUGCCAGACGCCGACGGAGUGGGCCUGGUUCAAGCAGCUGCGCUUCUACGCGCAGCCCGACGGGCAGUGCCACGGCCGCAUGGCCGGCUCCGAGAUCGAGUACACGUUUGAGUACCAGGGCAAUGCGCCCAAGCUGGUCUACACCCCCCUGACGGACCGGUGCUUCCUGACGCUGACCCAGGCGCUCAAGCUCGGCAACGGCGGGAACCCGUACGGCCCCGCCGGCACGGGCAAGACGGAGUCGGUCAAGGCGCUCGGGCAGUACUUGGCCCGGCAGGUGUUGGUGUUCAACUGCGACGAGGAGUUCGACUUCCGGUCGAUGGGGCGCAUCUUCGUGGGCCUCGUCAAGUGCGGCGCGUGGGGGUGCUUCGACGAGUUCAACCGGCUCGAGCAGGAGGUGCUGUCGGCGGUGUCGCAGCAGAUCCAGCAGAUCCAGUCGUCGAUCAAGGCGCGCGAGAGGACCAUGGUCUUCAUGGGCCGCGAGAUCCCCGUGGACCACAACGCCGGGAUCUUCGUCACCAUGAACCCCGCCGGGAAGGGCUACGGCGGCCGCUCGAAGCUCCCCGACAACCUGAAGGCCCUGUUCCGGCCCAUCGCCAUGUCGGUCCCGGACGACGAGCUCAUCGCCGAGGUGAUGCUGCUCGCGGAGGGCUUCCGGAGCGCGCGCGCGCUGUCGCGGCGCGUGGUGACGCUCUUCCGCGUGUCCCGGCAGCUCCUGUCGAAGCAGCAGCACUACGACUGGGGCCUGCGUGCGCUCAAGACCGUCCUGGGCAUCGCGGGGAAGCUGCUGCGCGAGGCCAAGGCCGCGAACCCGGGCGUGGUGCCGACGGCGGAGCAGGAGAUGUCGCUGGUGAUCCGCGCGGUGCGCGUCACCACGCUGCCCAAGCUCACGCAGUCGGACCUGGAGCGCUUCCUGUCGCUGCUCGAGGUGCAGUUCCGCGGCGCGGAGAUGCGCGACGUGGAGAACGAGACGCUCCUCGCCGCGAUCCGCAAGGUCUACGAGCGGCGCUCGCUCGUCCCGCAGGACGACCAGGUCGGCAAGAUCCUGCAGCUGGACAUGGCCACGCAGCAGCGCACGGGCGUGAUCAUCGUCGGGCCGUCCGGGUGCGGCAAGUCGACGCUCUGGACGGUGCUCGAGGCGGCGUACGCGGAGCUCGGCCGGCCGGUCAUCGUGCACCGCAUGAACCCCAAGGCCGUGGACCGCAAGCAGCUGCUGGGGUCGCUGGACAUGGACACGCGGGAGUGGACCGACGGCGUGCUGACGGCCGCCGCGCGGCGCGUGGUGCAGGAGCCGCAGAGCCAGCGGUCGUGGAUCGUGUGCGACGGCGACGUGGACCCGGAGUGGAUCGAGAGCCUCAACUCGGUGAUGGACGACAACCGCCUGCUCACGCUGCCCAACGGGGAGCGCAUCCAGCUGGGCGACAACGUGAACUUCGUGUUCGAGUGCCACUCGCUGCAGUACGCGUCCCCGGCGACGGUGUCGCGCUGCGGGAUGAUCUUCAUGUCCGACGACGCGAUCGACAUCAGCAACGACGUGACCAAGUGGCUCGCGGACCUGGAGAAGGACGCGCAGCGCCGCGAGGACGGGCGCGCGGGGCCGGACGUGGCCUUGCUGCGGAAGUGGUGCGACGAGCUGCUCGUGCGGUGCAUGGAGGUCGCCGUGCAGUACCAGCCCGUGGUGCCCACGACAACGAUCGGGCAGCUGCGCAACGUGCUGUCGCACGUGGAGCAUGCGACGUCGCGCGCGGAGUUCGCGCGCGGGCUCGCGCACGGCCUCGGGUCGAACGUGGCCAAGGAGGACCGCGCGCGCCUGACGCAGCACAUCGCGCAGGUGGCCAACGAGCGCGGGCUCGAGCACGCGCUGGCGGGCGCGACCUUCGAGACGCUGAUGCUCGGCCCGGACGCCGCGGACCAGCUGGCGCCCGCGGGCGGCGAGGACGCGCCCGAGCGCGUGGUCCCAACGGAGUCGGUCAUGCGGAGCGCGCAGGACAUCGCGCCGUGGCUGCGCGACGGCGCGCCCUUCAUCUUGUGCGGUGAGAGCGGGUGCGGCAAGUCGGCGCUGCUCGACCGCAUGCUGGACUGCCUCCCCGACGAGAUCGAGGUUGCCCGCGUGCCGUGCUCGGCCAGCACCAGCGCCGCCAACGUCAUUGGGAAGCUCAAGAGCAUCUGCGGGAAGCCCCGCACCACCAACCGCGGCAAGGUUCUCGCGCCGCGCGGCGCCGGGCGCGUCAUCCUGCACCUCAAGGACGUCAACCUCCCGAAGCCGGACCGGUACGGCACCGUGCAGCUCGUCGCGCUCCUGCAGCAGAUCCUGACCUACCGCGGGUACUACGACGAGGAGGAGGGCCUCGAGUGGGUCCAGAUCGAGCGCAUUCAGAUUGUGGGGACCAUGGACCCGCCCUCGACGGUCGGGCGGCACCCGCUCUCGCAGCGCCUCGCCGCGGUGAUGCGCAUCGCGUACAUGCCGAACCCGACGGGCGCGGAGCUGCAGGAGAUCUUCGCGCGGCUGCUGGAGCCCAUCGUGGCGCACCUGCGCGGCGAGGGUGGGCAGGGCGUCCCGGAGCCGACGACGCUCGCGGGCGCGAUGGUCGCGGUGUACGAGGAGGUGAAGAAGGUGUUCACGCCCAACGAGCGCCGGCACUACGUGUUCAGCCCGCGCCAGCUCAGCCAGUGGGCCGAGGCGCUCCUGCACUACGACAUGUCGACGGUGCCCGCGGCCAACGCCGUCGCGUACGAGGCGUGCCGCGUGUUCCAGGACUGCAUCGUCGACGACGCGGGGCAGGCCCAGCUGCAGUCCAUCGUCACCUCGACCCUCCGCGCCGCCAUGCGCCACGACCCGGACCUCUCGGGCGUCUUCACCCUCGGCGGGACGCCGCUCUCCGGGCGCGGCCACGAGACGCUCGGCUGGCUCGACCUCGGCAGCUACCGCACGCUCGUCGCGGAGAAGCUGCGCAUCUUCGACCGCGAGGUCAUGGCCGCCGACGUGGUGCUCUUCGAGCAGUUCCUGCGCAUGGUCGCGGCCGUGGAGCGCACGCUCACGCGGCCGCGCGGCGCGCUGCUGCUCGUCGGCGCGUCCGGCACGGGCCGCAAGCUCUCGGUGCUGCUCGCGGCGCACAUGCUCCGCCUGCAGGUCUUCCAACCGAAGAUGGUCAAGGGCUACGGGAUCCGGCACUUCCACAACGACCUGAAGGCGGCGAUGGAGGCGGCGGGGCUGCGCAACGAGCCCGCGCUGCUGCUGCUCGAGGACCGGCAGGUCACGAGCGACCUGAUGCUGGAGUGCCUGAACGCACUGCUGUCUUCGGGGGAAGUGCUCGGGCUGCUGUCGAAGGAGGACCACGAGCGCCUCGUCGCGCCGCUGGAGAAGGAGAUGCAGGGGGAGUUCCGGUCCCCGCUCGACAUGUUCGUCCACCGCGUGCGCGUCAACCUCCGCGUGGCCCUGUGCGCCAACCCUGCCGACGCCCGCUUCGAGGCGCGCUGCACGAGCAACCCCGCGCUGCUGAGCCGCUGCAACGUCAUCUGGGUGUCCGGGUGGGCGCCGUCGAGCAUGGAGGAGGUGGCGGUCGCGCGUCUCAAGUCGUCGAUGGACACGUCGAGCGAGGACAGGGACGAGGACCUCGUGCAGAGCGCGCUGACGCUCUUCGGGAACGUGGCGGAGGACAUGCAGGAGCCGCGGCGGCUGUGCGCGCUGGUGGACUGCUACGUGAAGAUCUUCGCGAGCCGGCGCGCGGAGCUCCGGGAGCAGCUGGGCAACAUGCGCGCCGGGAUGGACAAGCUGCGCGAGGCGGGCGACACGGUCGACAAGCUGUCGCGCGACGCGGUGGAGAAGGAGGGGGUCCUGAAGGCCAAGCAGGCGGAGGCGGACGCGGCGCUGAACAACAUCACGCGGGCGAUGAAGGAGGCGGAGAAGCGCAAGACCAUUGUGGCCGAGCUGAGCAAGAAGUGCGCGUCGGACGAGAUGGUCAUCCAGGAGAGCAAGCGCGGCGUCGAGGUGGAGCUGAGCGAGGUGCAGCCGAUGAUCGACGCCGCGCGCGCGGCCGUGAACAGCAUCAAGAAGGACCACCUGAACGAAGUGCGGUCGCUCAAGAUGCCGCCCGACGCCAUCCGCGACGUCAUGGAGGGCGUCAUGUGCCUCCUCGGCGAGCGCGACACCUCCUGGACCGGCAUGCGCGCCUUCCUGGGCCGCUCCGGCAUGAAGGAGCAGAUCAUCAACUUUGACGCCCACCGCAUCGACGCGCACAUCCGCGAGGCCGUGCUGCGCCUCAUGCAGGCGAAGAACUCCUUCGAGCCCGCCGUCAUCCAGCGCGUGUCCCGCGCCGCCGCCCCGCUGGCCACCUGGGUCCGCGCCAACAUCAAGUACUCCAUCGUGCUGGAGAAGGUCGAGCCCCUGGAGACGAAGCUCGCGGAGCACCAGGCGGACCUCGACGCGGCGAUCGAGAAGCGCGACGCCGCCGAGCGCGAGAUGCGCGAGCUCGAGGCGUCGAUCGACGGCCUGAAGGAGGAGUGCCAGCGCAAGAACCGGGAGGCAGCGAUGCUGUCCGAGGAGCUGCGGCGCGCGAAGGAGACGCUCGACAAGGCCACGCACCUCCUCGACAUGCUCAAGGACGAGCGCGGGCGGUGGAAGAAGCAGGAGGACGACCUCGGCGGCGCGCUGGUCGAGCUGCCUAUGCGCGCGCUGGCGUCGGCGGCCUUCAUCACCUUCCUGCUGCGCGAGCCCGAGGACGUGCGCGUGGAGUGGAUGGAGUCGUGGUGCCAGAUCCUGGGCAUGGACCCGGGCGCGUUCGAGCUCCGGCGGUUCAUGUCGAGCGAGCGCGAGACCCUGGGGUGGAAGGCCGAGGGCUUGCCCGGGGACAACCUGUCGGUGGACAACGCCAUCGCGAUCGGGUACGCCGCGCAGGCGCCCUUCAUCAUCGACCCGUCCGCGAGCGCGCUCGGGUGGCUGGAGACGAACGUGCGGAAGCGCGGCGGCGCGCUGAAGGUCACCGCGCCGCACAUGGCCAACUUUGUCAACUCGCUGGAGCUGGCCGUGCGGUUCGGCGAGGUGCUCAUCGUGCGCGACGUCGACUCCGUGGACCCGAUCCUCUUCCCGAUCCUCCGCCGCGACAUGCUCAAGCAGGGCCCGCGCCCCGUGGUGCUCGUCGGCGACAAGGCCAUCGACUACAACGACGGCUUCCGCGUCUUCCUCUUCACCCGCAACUCGGACCCGCACCUCCCGCCGCAGGCCGCCGCGCUGCUGUCGGUCACCAACUUCUCCGUCACGCGCGCGGGCCUCGAGGCGCAGCUGCUCGCCGCGGCCAUCCAGCACGAGCUGCCCGAGCUCGAGGACAAGAAGAGCGCUCUGCUCAAGACGGAGGAGGACCUCACGAUGCAGCUGGCGGACCUGGAGCGGGACCUGCUCGGGGCGCUCGCGCGGUCGACGGGCAACAUCCUGGAGAACCGCGAGCUGCUCGAGACGCUCAACCAGACCAAGGAGAAGAGCCAGGCGGUGACCAGCUCGCUGGAGGAGUCGCAGCGGCUGCAGCAGGAGCUCGACAAGCAGCGCAACGCGUACAAGCAGCUCGCGUCGCUCGGGUCCGCGCUCUACUUCGUCCUGCGCGACCUCGCGUCCAUGUCAUAUAUGUACCGGUUCAGCCUGCCCUUCUUCCUGACCAUCUUCAAGCGCACGAUGAAGAAGACGCCGGCCGGCGGGCAGCAGGCCGACACGCGCGUCACGCGGCUCCAGCUCGUCCUCCUCGCGGACGUGUACGAGGACGUCGCGCGCGGCCUCUUCAACGACGACCGGCUGACCUUCGCGAUGCACAUGGCGCGCGCCCUCACGCGCCUCACCGCCGUGCGCAAGGUCGCCAGGGAGCGCGGCCUCGCGCCGGAGCGCGCGCCGAGCCUCCUGCGCACCGUGUCCAACCUCCGGUCGCCCACGAAGUCCCCCUCGAUGCGGCAGGGCUUCGCGGAGCUCGAUCAGCUGUACAACGAGUGGCAGGUGCUCAUGAGCCGCGCGGGCGGGGCGGCCGCGCCGCGCGGCGCACAGACGCCGCAGUGGGUGGCCAAGGGCCCCGCGGAGGCGGCGUACGCGGCGCUCGUCGCCGCGAUGCCGCGCCUGGAGUACGAGUACAGUCUGAGCGACUCAGCGCUGUGGGCGCCCUGGUUCGCGAGCGCCAACCCGGAGGACAAGGGCGCGUGGCCGGACGUGGGGAAGAAGAUCUCGUCCUUCCACCGCCUGCUGCUCGUGCAGGCGCUGCGGCCCGACCGCCUGCGGAGCGCCAUGGCGACGUACGCGCGCAGCAUUCUGGGCAUCAAGUCGGUGGACCCGCCCGCCGUGCCUAUGACGCACCUCGUCGAGAAGGCCUCCGCGACCUCCCCGCUGCUCUUCCUUCUCACGCCGGGCGCAGACCCCUCGCAGAACCUCCUCGAAGUGGCCUCGCGCACCGUCGGCAGCAACCAGUACGAGGAGAUCGCGAUGGGCCAGGGGCAGGCCGAGGCCGCGCUGCUGCAGCUGCGCGAGUGCGCGCGCGAGGGGCGCUGGCUGUGCCUGAAGAACGUCCACCUGGUUGUGUCGUGGCUCCCGGAGUUGGAAAAAGAGGUCUACGGGCUGGGCGAGCAGGUCCACCCGAACUUCCGGCUCUUCCUCACCUCGGAGCCGCACGCCGCGUUCCCGACGUCGCUCCUCGAGCACUGCUUCAAGGUCACCUACGAGGCGCCCCCGGGCCUGCGCAACAACAUCUCGCGCACGCUCAACGACUGGGGCGCCGAGUACCUGCAGCAGGGCCCCGUGGUGCGCGCGCGGCUGCUCUUCGCGCUCGCGUGGUUCCACGCCAUCGUGCAGGAGCGCCGCGCCUACGUCCCGCUCGGCUGGUGCAAGCUGUACGAGUUCAGCAACGCCGACCUGCGCUCGGGCGCCGACAUCAUGAGCCUCGGCACCGCGGACGGCCGGCCCGUCGACUGGCAGUACCUCCACGGCCUGCUCCAGACGGCCGUGUACGGCGGCCGCGUCGACAACGAGGCCGACAGCCGCAUCCUCGCCGAGCUUCUCGACAGCGUGUUCAACGCCGCCACCAUCCAGGGCGACGGCGGGACCGUCGCGCCGCUGCCGGGCACGGGCGGCGCCGUGCGCGUCCCCGCGAGCGCGAGCCUUGCGGACAUGAAGGCGAUCGUGUCGGCCCUGGACGCCAACGACGCCCCCUCGAUCUUCCUCCUCCCGGCCAACGUCAACCGCACGCGCGAGCAGGUGGCCAGCGCGCGCGUCGUGCAGCAGAUGCGCGCGAUGGAGACGAGCAAGGAGGCCGCCGCGAACUUCGACCCGGAGGUCUGGCGCGAGAAGCUCGGCCCGCUGCUGCGUGCGUGGAGCGCCAUGGUCGCGGGCAGCACGCACCUGCAGCAGCUCGUGUCCGGGAAGCAGGUCCGCCGCCUGCCGUCGCGGCUGUCGUCGGAGGGGCACCGCAAGCCCCCGAUCGAGUCGAUGAUGAUGCUCGAGCUCGCGGGGGCCGCCCGGCUCGUCAAGAUGGUGCACGGGGCCAUCAGCGCUCUCAACCGGGUGCUGAACUCGAACGCGGCGCUGACGGCCUCCGUGGAGCGCGACGGCCGCGCGCUGGUCGCGGACGAGAUCCCCGCCGCGUGGGACGCCGAGUGGGAGGGCACGGGCGACCCGCUGAGCUACGUGACCGCUGUCGGGCGCAAGGCCGACGCGGUGCAGGCGCUCGUUGACGCCGGCGGGUUCUCCGGCGCCGUCACGGGCGUCAGCUUCCGCCUCUCCGGGCUGUUCAAUCCGGGGGCGUUCCUGAACGCGCUGCGGCAGGAGACGGCGGCCAAGCUCGGGUGCCCAAUGGACGACCUGGUGCUGCGCGGGGCGUGGACCGCGGGGGCGCUGGGCAGCGUGCCGCGCGAGCUGAUGCUUCCGGUGGACGGCAUCAUGAUCGAGGGCGCGACGUUCGACGGCGGGCGGCUCGCGGAGGUGGGCAGUGACGCGCCGACACUGUCGGAGCUGCCGACGACGACGCUGGCGUGGAUCCCGAAGAACGCCCCGCCGGCGUACAAGGCGACGGUGGAGAUGCCGCUGUACCACAACAGCACGCGGGCCGCGGUGCUGUGCACGCUCGACCUGCCCGUGGCGGACAAGGAGGCGCGCAGGCGCUGGCUGCUCACCGGCAGUGCCCUGCUCCUCGAGGCCUAG